AUGAUUUUGGAGGUCGUCCCCCUAUACAGUCACAAGUUUUACAGCACACUGCUGAUAAUUAAAGACCUGGAUGGUUCCAACAAGGGUUGCAAGUUGAGUGCGCUUUUGCAGGAUGGAGAUAAGGAAGAAAUGAUGAGUGGAGAACCGAGCGGGGAGGGAAUUGAAGAGGACGCUGAACAACAACCCAUGGAAGAGCAAUGUGCCCCCAACGGUGAUGCAACGGGCAAGGAUCAAGGGGACCCUCUUUUGAGGAAGACCUAUAAUUAUGACUACCUAAACAACAAGAAGGAUUUUUACGCAAAGGACAAAGAUAAAAAUAUUUAUGUCCUUAUAAAUUGCGGAUGGGAUGAUCAGUUCUGCACGGAGGAUGUGAAGAAUGUGUUACAGGUGUGCGAAUAUGUAGACGUCUUGGUAAUCACAAACCACGGCCUCAGCUUCGUGGGGUGCGCACCACUGGUGUUCCAGGAACUACAGAAGAGAAAGAGGAAAAUCCCAAUCAUAUGUCACGAAUACGUCAAGUCGUACAGCAAGUAUAUUCUCCUGAGUUACUUCAAAUGUACGAACAGUUGCAAUUUUUUAAAAUCUUUUAAAGAUGAUGAAUAUUUCAAAAUCGUGAACGAGCUGUUCUGCAAUGUAACUGCGUUGGAGUUCAGAGAACACUACACCUGUAAAAAAAUCAUAUGUCCAAAAAAAAAAACAGUUUGUAUGCUUCCCAUAUAUUUUAUAAAUAAUGGAGACAACAUAGGAUCUUCCGCAGUGAUUAUAAAAUUUUUUAAUUCCAAAAUAUUGUACUCUGUGAAUUCCCAAAUGUCUGAUUAUACCUUUAUUGAAAAAUCGGAGAUCCUACAACAGUCCAAUGUGUUCACUUACAUUGGCAAUUUUCGCUACACAAAUAAAAAUUACACAAAGAUGGUAGACAUGAAGAAUAUCCUGGGCAUCGUCAACAGGACUAUGAACAACCUGGGAUGUGUACUUCUCCCUGUGGAUAUUGACAGCGUUUUCCUGGAUCUCCUGUUCCACAUCAACGCCCUCCUGGAGGUCAGCAUGCAGAGAUACGUCCUGUUGUUCCUCUGUCCCUAUGCGGAAAACUUCACAAGACUGCUGUUCGCGUCGCUGACCUACCUGAACAGCCACAUAAAAAGUAAUUUCCACAGAAACAGAAUAAAUAUUUUAAAAAUGAAGAACGUGGUGUGUAUAAACAACUACAGCGAUUUUAAAAAAUACGAAAAUGGAUAUUACAUUUUGUUUUCCUUCCCGGCUUCUCUGAACAACGACACGGUGAAGCAGAUUCUGUCAACGUUCCUCACCAGGAAAAAAAACGCAUUAAUAUUCACCAAGAGAUACUAUGCUCCGAGCUUUGCGCACAAAGUGUGUAAUCAUUAUUUUACCCAUAAGGAUCAAAAGAGCAAAGCAGAGCUAUCUUUUUGCUACAGCCAAAAUGUAAAAAUCGACGACGAAAAAUUAUAUGAAAUUUAUUUAAAAGAAAAAAAUAACAUCGAGAAAGACGCCAUGCUUAGCAAAGCUGUUGAGAUGCUGUAUAUAAAAAAGGGGGAGGCUCACUUAAUCGGGAAGACAGACAGAGAUGGAAUGGAUAAGCUGAAGCGGGAGGGCACUAAGGGUGAACAAUUUAUAAAAAAGGAGAAGUACAAACGGGAGAGAAGCCUUGGCGCCUACACAGAGGAAGGCAACGAGGCAGACGACGAUGAUGAAGAGGUGGAUGACGACGAUGAUGAUGACUAUGACGAUGAAGAACAAGAAGAGGAUGAUAACGACGACGAUGAUGAUGAGGAUGAUGACGAUGAGGAUGAUGAAGAUGAUGAUGAGGAUGACGAUGAUGAAGAUGACGAUGAUGAGGAUGAUGAAGGGGAGGAAGAGGACGACGCCCCACACGAUCCGCAGAACUACAACGCGUAUUACCAUUCAGAUGAGGAGGAAGAACAAGAAGGCGCGGAAGGAGAUCUCAAAUUCCCCAACAAGCUGUACAACCAUAGCGACAGCAAUGCCAGUGAUAGUGCCACGGAGAAGGGCAGAAGUGGGAAGCCAAGCGCUAACCACAAGAGGGACAAAUAUGAAGGUGCUUACCGUAGCGACCGCGAUGAUGAAUAUUCACAGGACGGAAUGGAAUCCUCCAGAGGAAAAACACGAACGGGAAAAAUCAGAGUAAAAGAGGAAAGAAUAAGCGACAAUGAAUAUUCGAAAUUGUCCAAUCACCUCCUAAAAAAUGAACAGUCGGAUGAUGCAGACAACACGUACUAUCCGCAUCUAAACAAAAUUGGUAAUGAUAACAAGGACACGCACACACACAAAAAAAAAGUAAGAAUAAAAACAGAACCUAAAACCAGUGAUGAGGAUGAUAUGUAUGGACAUGAAAGUUAUACCAUGAGACAUCCAUUUUCAAAAGAGAGAGAUCAGAAAAGUAUGAGCACAGCAUUUGUAAAAAAUGAAGAAAUAUUUACAAGGGAAAAUGAUGAGGAUGAUUUUGAACAAAAUAACGAAGAAAGCAGUGUUGCAAACGAUGAGCGAAAGAGAAAUUACCAAACGAUACAAAUAUCAGAUUACUACCAAGAAAAGAAGAAAAAGCGAAGUGGAGAAAAAAGGACUAGAAAGGGGAACAACAUGUUAGAUAAGACUUACGAAGAAAAUAAUCAUUCAUCGGAAACGCCGAAAAUGACCUGGAAAAAAAAAUUAAUCAAAUAUUUAAAAACCAUUCCAACUACUGUCCAAGAAGAAAAAGUCUCCCUUCCGGUAGAUUGCUCCAUAAGAACAUUUAACAUAGAAAACUAUAUUAACCAAAAUUCCCUUAACACUAUAAUACAUCUGAUGAAGCCCCAAAAUUUUGUGCUCCUUCCAAGCUGCAAUAGUUUCUUUUCUUUCCAUUUCGAAAUGUUACUACACUCAACAAUACAAUCCAUGGAGGAAAUAAAGUUGCACAGUUUUUAUGUCCCCAAUUGUUCAAGCAGUACAAAUAAGAGGAGUAUUUAUUUGAAUCGCUACUUUUGCUCCAGUGAAAGAAAGACUCUCGACUCGGUUAGCAUUCCUCUAAGUGUUCAUUACGAGAAUGUGCGUAUUAAAAGUAUUUACACGAUGAUCAACACGACCAAGGUUACGGAUAGGCAGUUGAACGUUUUUAAAAUUAAGGCAACCCUAAAUUCCACACAGGGCGAACCCAGUUCGCAGCUAUGCACCAGAAGGCGAAAACGGUUCAUCAACGAACACAGCACUUUCUGGAGCGAAUUCAGUGAGGCGAACUACUCCGUUGCCCUAGACAACCAAAAUGAAGAGACGCAGGAAGGGGAAAAACAUACAAAGGAAGAAAAGGAAAGUCAAAAUCAGGGGGAACAAAGUGCCCCCAAGGAAACAAGCCAAAGUGAAAGUAAGGAAAAGUCGAAUGAGAAGAAACCCUUUUUGGAUUACUACAUAGAUGACGAGGCAGCUAGCGAAGGAGCAACACAGGGGGAAGACGAUCCAAAUUGUGCAGGCGACUCAUCGGACGAGUCUGAUGCUUCGUCAGAAAUGCGAGAUAUGCUCUCGAGUGCAGACAACACAAAUGAAGAACACGUCCCCAGUGGUAGUGUCUACAUCGGUGAAGUAAACAUGAAAAAUUUAUCCCAAGCUAUAAGUAGCACAUUUCAAAGAUGCUUAAACUUUACGCAAGAAAAUCAAAUUAUAAUUGACGGAAAGACAUGUGUUAAGAAGGAAGAACGGGACAUAGCCACGCGAGGACCGACCGGUCAGACGAUGGUCCAGAGAACAAAAAGGAACAUCGUUUGGAAAGUUCAAAGUUCCCUCGAUCCGUCAUUCUACCUUCUUCGAAAUGUUUUGAAGGACAUGUACAAUCAUGUUUCUAUAUGA